UUCAACAUGGUUCAUUGAUUUUUUCCGGUGUUAGGAAAAAAUAAUCAUCAAAUAAGCUUUUUGUGUCUAUUGUUCAAUCAGUGCUGCUGUGCAAGAAGUUACACCAAACGCAGCAACCGCGUAAACAUGUUUCUGACCCGUUCGAUACCACGAUUGCUGAAGAAUUCCACCACCACCGUCAAUGGCUUCACUUGGCAGAACUUCUGUGCAGAGGCGUUGAAUGCUUCGAUGGUAUCCACUGUUCGCACUGUUAAAGACAAAUGGAUAUCACGGUUCCAGACGGAAAACAUACCGGAAGCGGACGCCUCCAUUACCAACAUUUUGGCUCACGUCCUCCAGGUGCAGUCUCUGAGCGAUGUGAAAGAGUGUCAGGAAACCAAGUUAGACGAAGCACAGCUAGCUAAGAUUGACGAGCUCUGUGAGUGCCGGCUAGCUCGGAUGCCAAUUCAGUAUAUAAUCCGCGAGUGGGAGUUUCGAGAUCUCACAUUGAAGAUGGUUCCGCCGGUGUUUAUUCCCAGACCGGAAACCGAGGAGCUGAUAGAGUUAAUAUUGCAACAGAUUGAUGCUCAGCAGGAGUUGCAGUUUCUAGAAAUUGGCUGCGGAACGGGAGCGAUAACGUUGUCUAUAUUGAAACAUGCACCUUGGGCAUCGGCUGUCGCUUUGGACCAGAGCAAAUUGGCCUGUGAGUUGACAUUGGAAAAUGCCAAACGACAUGGUCUUUCCGAAAAUCUGCGCAUUUUUAGGCACAAGCUCGCCGACAAGCUUCCAACCGAAUUGGACAGCCACAAGUAUGACAUGAUAGUCAGCAAUCCACCGUACGUUCCAUCUGAACAGAUGGCAACUUUGGAGCCGGAAAUAAAAAUUUACGAAGAUCUCCGGGCACUUGAUGGCGGCCCAGAUGGACUGACAGUGGUAAAAGCAAUAUUGGACAUAGCGGGAAAGCAUCUGAAAUCCGCAGGUGUUUUGUGGCUGGAGGUCGACAGUUCGCACCCUCCGUUGAUUAAACAAUAUUUGGAGGAGAUGGCUACACAGCUAGGUUUAAAAUAUAUGUCGUCCUAUAAGGACAUGUUUCGCAAAGAGCGAUUUGUAGAGAUCAUGAAAGUAUAAAAAAAAACUAAUCCUAUGGAAGAAUAAACGCUUAUUGUUGACAUUGACAAUUAGUUGA